CACUUGCUGAAGGCGCCCGCGGAGCGGUGGGCUGUGUGCGCGCGCGCGCGCGCGCCUGAGAGAUCGCUGUUGGAGAAGUGGAGUGGCGGUCGCGGGGUUGGGGGGGGAGAGGAGGAGGAGGAGGAAAAGGAGGAGGAGGUGGGACUGAGCGGCGGCGGCCCCCACGUCCCGGUGCCUCUAUGGGGGAAGCAGACAAUGGAUUAUGAUUUCAAGGCGAAGCUGGCGGCGGAACGGGAGCGGGUGGAGGAUUUGUUUGAGUACGAAGGGUGCAAAGUGGGACGCGGCACCUACGGGCACGUCUACAAGGCGAGGCGGAAAGAUGGAAAAGAUGAAAAGGAAUAUGCACUGAAGCAAAUUGAAGGCACAGGAAUAUCCAUGUCGGCUUGUAGAGAGAUUGCACUUUUGAGAGAAUUGAAGCACCCUAAUGUGAUCGCAUUGCAAAAAGUGUUCCUUUCUCACAGUGACAGGAAGGUGUGGCUGCUGUUUGAUUAUGCAGAACAUGACUUGUGGCAUAUUAUUAAAUUUCAUCGUGCGUCAAAAGCAAAUAAAAAGCCCAUGCAGUUGCCGAGAUCUAUGGUUAAAUCCUUACUUUACCAGAUUCUUGAUGGUAUCCAUUACCUCCAUGCAAAUUGGGUGCUUCACAGAGACCUGAAACCAGCAAAUAUCCUAGUAAUGGGAGAAGGUCCUGAAAGGGGGAGAGUCAAAAUAGCUGAUAUGGGUUUUGCCAGAUUAUUCAAUUCUCCUCUAAAGCCACUAGCAGAUUUGGAUCCAGUAGUAGUGACAUUUUGGUAUCGGGCUCCAGAACUUUUGCUUGGUGCGAGGCAUUAUACAAAGGCCAUUGAUAUAUGGGCAAUAGGUUGCAUAUUUGCUGAAUUGUUGACUUCAGAACCUAUUUUUCAUUGUCGUCAAGAAGAUAUAAAAACAAGCAAUCCCUUUCAUCAUGAUCAACUAGAUCGGAUAUUUAGUGUCAUGGGGUUUCCUGCAGAUAAAGACUGGGAAGAUAUCAGAAAGAUGCCAGAAUACCCUACACUUCAGAAGGACUUCAGGAGAACAACGUAUGCAAACAGUAGCCUCAUAAAGUACAUGGAGAAGCACAAAGUCAAGCCUGACAGCAAAGUGUUCCUCUUGCUUCAGAAACUCCUUACUAUGGAUCCAACCAAAAGAAUUACCUCAGAGCAGGCUCUGCAGGACCCCUAUUUUCAGGAGGACCCCUUGCCAACAUUAGAUGUGUUUGCUGGAUGCCAGAUUCCAUACCCCAAAAGAGAAUUCCUUAAUGAAGAUGAACCUGAAGAAAAAGGAGACAAGAAUCAGCAACAGCAGCAGAACCAGCAUCAGCAGCCCACAGUCCCUCCACAGCAGGCCACAGCCCCUCCACAGGCACCCCCACCACAGCAGAACAGCACCCAAACCAAUGGGACAACAGGGGCAACCACAGCUGGUAUUGGUGCAGGAGCAGGGCUACAGCACAGCCAAGACUCCAGCCUGAAUCAGGUGCCUCCAAACAAGAAGCCCCGUCUCGGGCCUUCAGGCGCAAACUCAGGCGGCCCUGUUAUGCCAUCUGAUUAUCAGCACUCCAGUUCUCGCCUGAAUUACCAAAGCAGCGUUCAGGGAUCCUCUCAGUCCCAGAGCACACUAGGUUACUCCUCUUCAUCUCAACAGAGUGCACAAUACCACCCAUCACACCAGGCCCACCGGUACUGAUGAGCCGCCUUUGCCUGGCCCAGGCAGAGAAGACUCCAGCAAUAGGAGAUUUGCAUUGGAAAGAACCCCCAAAUGCAAACUGUGAUGCCAUUCAGAACUCCCACACUCAGGAGGAAAACUUUGUACACUGAGUGUUUUGCAGAACUCCUUUCUCUUCUUUAUUGACUUAAAGAAGAUUCUUACGAUGUUUUCCCUUGUCCCUUACCCCGCAUGAGUUCCAUGUGUCUUCUCUAAUAAAGUGUCUAAACUAAUCCCAGCACUUCUGUAACCUUCAGCGGUUUUUGAAGGAUUUCCAGGUGCACCUUUCUCAUGCUGUAGCAAUCAUUAUGAUUUACUUUUUCAAAGCUCUUUUAAUAGGUUUUUAAUGUUUUAGAAGCAGGAUUCCAGUGGUAUAUAGUUUUAUACUUUGUAAACUGAUAUAGCAACACAGGUAAAAAUGCACCUUUUAAAGCACUAGAGUUUUCACAGACUACAAAUAUUGCUCAUGAAAGUCUUAAACAGAAACUACUGUCCCAAAGUACUUCGCUAUUAUAUAAGUCUUUAUUUAUCUAGUUUCAGGGAAUUUCUAGUAAAAAGACAGCUGGUGGGACAGAGGGAACCUACAACCAAAAAACAGUAUAGAUCUUUGCAGUUACUAUGCUUUAUGCUAUAAA